GAGAUGAGACAUUUUUCAAUGGUGGGUGUUACAGAAAGUAUGAGAAUGUGUGAGCUGCUGCCUGCUCUUCUUAUAAUAAGUCUUUUUUUUUUGUCCCAAAAAAUGUACACAAAGUCUGGACGUUUGGCAAAGAUAUCUUUUCUGUCGUCUUCAUCUCCGUCACAUUUCUCCAGAAGUGUCUAACACAUUUGAGCUCAGUGGCCGCAUGGAGGAAAAUCUAUUCCCAACUGGUAAAAUCAUGGCAUAAUAACAUCAAAAUAAAGACAACUUCAGAUUGUUUUCUUUGUCUUACUUUGCCCAAAAAUAGAACAAACACAUUGUGAAAAUAUUACAAUAAAAAUAUAGACAAAACUAGUAAAGUUUAGAUCCAUGAAGGAAAGAAGAAAGUGAAUGAAUGUUUAUAACUGAAUACAUUUACAUAUGCAGAGAAAUGUCUUUUCUUUUCUAACAUUUAUGACAACCUUUUUCCAAAACACCAUAUAGAAUGUGAGAUAUAACAGGAUCAUGCAUACAUUUAUCAUUUGUUUUCAAAACGCUUACAAAAAUCUGCUGUGGGACCCCAUUGUUAUGACUUGAUGGCCUAGCGCCAACACUGAUGGAGUAUUGGUGCGUGCAAAACAGCAGCAGGUCGUAAUACUAAUCAAAUAUUCAUUGGCGAGCCUUGACUUUGACACAUAGGCGUUAUUCGAUGAAAUCACAGAGCACAAAACUGUCCGCUCUCCUUUAAGAGAGGCUCGGAAGCUACGAGGCUUGUUGAGUGGAUGCCAUCACUGCAGUCACGAAAACAAACCGGAACCAAGAAGGACAAAAACUGGAUUUCCUUGCAAAAAAUGGGAGUUGUGGUGGGAAAAAAAAAAGGAAACUUUUUUCAAGCAAGGCAAAAGGUGCUUGACCAGAGAUUAUUUCUGUCUACUUCACUGGUAUUUAUUGUAUCUGCUCGUGUAGUUGUAAGACUAUUAAAAAUGAAUCAUUUUAAAAAAGCCAAUAAUUGGCCAAGCGGGUAAUCGGUCGAUCUUCACAGUGGACUCAGGACAUAACCUUGGAGAACUCCUCCAUGAUUAGUCAGAAGUCCUCCAUGUGGGUUUAGCAGCAUUCUUGUGAAAGUCGUGGCAGUAAACGCCCUCUGCACUUUUGCAACACACAGACGGGUUUGUUCUGGUCCGCUCAAGUUGGGACAAGACUUUGUGCUCAGCCAUGUGUGUGCGUGUGUGCCGCAUUGUGUUCCCCCUUCACAAUCAGGAAAAAUGUGCUGAGUCGGCUGGCCGCGAUGGGAGCGACGUUGAUGCGAGGCGACAUCGCUUUGCUGUCUGCACACGCCGACCGCCAACAACGCCGUAAUGAACACAAUCCAACCAAUGACACACCCUGAGAGCGCAAACAAGCUUUGUCCUUCUGGAAUGAACAGCACCAGGAAGGGGCGUGUCCAUGCAAGGAGGGUGGGGUCCAGGCCACGCCUCCCGCUGCCCUACCUUAUAUAAGUGGUGUGCGUCAGGCAGACACAAAGACACUUCCUGUGUGACAACUUCUUGCAGGAUCUGAAGAAGAUGGCAGCCCACAAAGAGUUUGAGGCGGCGGGGAAGAAGCCGGGCCUUCAGGUGUGGCGCGUGGAGAAGCUGGACCUGAAACCCGUCCCGCCCGAACUCCAUGGAAACUUCUACACGGGAGACUCCUACAUUGUCCUCCACACCACCACGGGGCCGUCUUACUACAUCCACACCUGGAUCGGCUCAGAGACCUCCCAGGACGAGAAAGGGGCCGCCGCCAUUUUCAUGACCCAGCUGGACGGCGCCCUGGGCGGCGCCCCCAUUCAGUUCACCGAGUUCCAGAACUACGAGUCCAUUUACUUCAUGCGGUACUUCAAGAGGGGCAUCAAGUACCAGAAAGGGGGCGUGGCAUCAGGCUUCAACCAGGUCCUCACAAACGACGUCAACGUCAAGCGUCUGCUGAAGGUGAAAGGUCGGCACCAGAUCCGCGCCACAGAGAUGGACUUGUCGUGGAAGAGCUUCAACAAAGGAGACUGUUUCAUCAUCGACUUGGGCAAGGACAUCUUCCACUGGGCAGGAAGCGAGAGCAACCACUACGAGCGCCUGAAGGCCACGCAGGUGGCCUGCGACAUUCGCGACAACGAGCGUCGAGGCCGAGCCACGCUGCACCUGAUCGACGAGGGCUCUGAGCCGGAACUUGUCCUUCAGGCGCUGGGACCGCUGCCCCCGCUGCCGGCAGGAAGUAGUGACAAGACGGCGCACGCCCCUCACCCGGCCUCGCUGCACAUGGUGUCCAACGCGGGCAGCGAGGAGGUGAAGAUGAGCAAGGUGGCCGACAAGAAUCCCUUCAAGCAAGACAUGUUGUCCCAGAAGGAAUGUUACCUGCUGGACAACGGCCAGGACAACAAGAUCUUCUUCUGGAAAGGACGCGCGGCCAACGAGGACGAACGUUCUCACGGUUUACAAAUCGCCAACAAGUACAUCAAAGAUAAGAAUUACUCCUCCCACUGCCAGGUCCAGAUUCUGCCCCAAGGGGCCGAGACCACCCUUUUCAAGGAGUACUUUGAGAACUGGCUGGACAAGGACGAGUCCACCGGCCCUGGCAAGCAGUACACCAUCGGGAGGAUCGCCGUGGUCAAGCAGAUCCCCUUCGACGCCUCCAGUCUCCACGGCAACGCCAAGAUGGCCGCCCAGCACGGCAUGGUGGACGACGGCUCCGGCAAAGUCCAAAUCUGGCGAGUGGAAGGAGGAGACAAGGUGGCGGUGGAUCCUGCCACCUACGGAGAGUUCUACGGCGGCGACUGCUACCUGCUGCUGUACACCUACAAGCUGGACGGCAGAGAGAAGCGCAUCAUCUACAUCUGGCAAGGAAACAAGUGCAGCAAGGACGAGCUGGGUGCCUCCGCCAUCUUGGCGGUUCAACUGGACGAUUCCAUGGGAGGCGUGGCCACUCAAGUCCGUGUGACUCAAGGCCAAGAACCUCCUCACCUGCUGAGCCUGUUCAAGGGCCAGCCCCUGGUGGCCCACCUGGGCGGCACAUCCCGCAAAGGUGGCGACAAGGCGCCGGCCGCCACGCGACUCUUCCACAUUCGCCAGAGCCGCAACAAAGCCACACGGGCCGUGGAGGUGGUGGCGGACGCUGCGGCGCUCAACUCCAACGACAUCUUUGUGCUCAAGUCCCCGAGCGGGAACUUCCUGUGGAAGGGCCGCGGAGCCACGGCGGAGGAGAUGGUCGCCGCCAAACACGUGGCGGGCCUGCUGGGCGUCACCCCCACUGAGGUGGCAGAGACCAAAGAGCCCGCAAGCUUGUGGUCGGCGCUGGGCGGGAAGAAGCCCUACCAAACCUCGCUGGUCCUGCAGACCGCCGUCGUGAGGCUUCCUCGACUCUUUGGAUGCUCCAACGCCAGCGGCAGACUGACGGUGGAGGAGGUCCCUGGAGACCUGACCCAGAUUGACCUGGAGACCGAUGACAUCAUGAUUCUGGACACUCAUGAUCAGAUCUUCAUUUGGAUUGGAAAGGACGCCAACGAGACGGAGAAGGGGGGCUGCAUGCGCAUCGCUGAGGACUACGUCAACUCUGACCCCUCCGGUCGCCAUGGUACCCCCAUCAGCAUCAUCAAACAGGGGGAGGAGCCCGCCUCCUUCACUGGCUGGUUCAUGGCCUGGGACCCCGUCUUCUGGGACAAAGACCCCUUGGCCGGCAUGCAAGUUGCACAUUAGCAUCUCUAAAACCCUGUGUGAAAAAGAAAAAAAAACCUUAUUGCAUUGAACGCUUGCGCUUUAUAGAUAUAAGUUAGAAACCACUGUACCCACAAGCUUUAUAGAUCCAACAUAAGUUAGGAAGCACAAGAUUUAUAGAUCCAACAUAAGUUAGGAAGCACAAGCUUUCUAGAUGAACACCAAUCAACUUGAAUAGCCUUUCAAAUGAAAGUACAGCUGGCUUGUCCAUGCGUGGACCAAAGGGGGCGGGGCCAACCUGGAGUGGUUUUACUCAAAGAAAAGUAACUCUGUCCUAGAGUGUCAUGUGACCUGUCCUGUCUUUGGGUCUUUUAGUGGAAUCUUCUUUUUUCCCCUGUUGAUUGCAAACGCACCUUCUUAAUAAACCUGCUCUUUGGAGUGGA